AACUCCGGUCCACAUCCAAAGAAUCCUCUCUCACUAUUCUCACUUCUAAUUUCAUUGCGUGCUCUCCAAGCUCGCUUCUCAGCUUCAAUGGCUUCCUCCCUAGCCCUCCGCCGAUUCCUCUUCUCCAAUCUCCUCCCCAAACCGCUCUCCUCCUCCGCAUUCCGCCCAAUCCGCGACGCCAAACUCUUCAACACCAACGCCGCCCGCCACUACGACUCCGAUGAAAGCGACGAAACCGACCUGGACUCCUACCGCCGCCACGAUUGCUCUCUCCCUCGCCGCCGUGACAACUUCAUCUCGGAUGUGUUUGCUCCUCCUCCGUUCUCGGUGGACCGGAACCUGAGCCAGGUUCUGAAUCUGGUGGACCAGAUCUCGGAGAACCCCUUCCUCUCGGCCACGCGCCGCGGUUGGGACGCGCGUGAGACGGAGGACGGUCUGCAUCUCCGGUUCGAAAUGCCGGGGCUGGGGAAAGAGGACGUGAAGGUUUGGGUGGAGAAGAACACUCUGGUGAUCAGAGGCGAAGGCGGACACGUGGACGGUGAAGAAGAGCCGAGGAGGUACUCCACCGGAAUUCAGCUGCCGGAGAAGAUGUUCAAGACGGACGGCGUCAAGGCGGAGAUGAAGAACGGCGUGCUGAGGGUGGUUGUGCCGAAGAUUAAGGAGGAGGAGAGGAGCGACGUGUUUCACGUGAGGGUGGAGUAGUGUAGGGAUUGUGCUACGUCGUUUUGGGCCGUGUGAAUAAUUGUUGAGUUUUUUGUGAUAGUGAUGAGUGUUGACUGAGCUAGUGUAAGGUUUUCAUUUCAUUUCCACAAAUUUCAAUUCGAGGAAUGAAUGAAAGAUGGUAACUUUUUGGGAAA